UUACAUUUGUAAGCUUCACAUGCUGUCAAUCAUUUUUUGUGCCUUUCAAAAGUUGUAUUCAUUGUCGAAGGUGAUAGCUUUUUUAACCUCUCAAAGAAGCUUUUCUCUCUCUCUCUCUCUCUUAUCAUUUGAGUCAUGCCUGCUAUUCUUAAUCAUUUUAGUCAGUUUUGGUUUCUGGGUUCUCUCUUCUUUAACCUGGUUCUAUGUUGUUUUCAGUUUUAAUCUGCAUUAUUGUAUUUUUGUAUCCUUCUGUUUUUGUUGAUCUUUUUGUGGUUUUGGUUGCUGGGAUUUCUUCAUUGGAGGCAAAUCUAUCAUGUCUUUCCAAUUUGUAAAUAAAGGAUGGGGGAUCAUUUUGUGUUCCUGGUGGAUCGGUUGCUAACUGAAUCCACCCUUGAAGCUGCUAUUGAGAGUCAAAACCGAUUGCGGCAAACCAUGCCUUCAGCAAGUAAAGAAAAUACAAAAGAAUUUUCACCACAUUGGAUGGAUUUAGAAUUGACUUCAUUAGCAGGAAAAUCAGUAGAGUGUAGGAUUUGCCAUGAGGAGGAGGAUGACAUGAACAUGGAGAUGCCGUGUUCUUGCCGUGGCAGUUUGAAGUAUGCUCAUCGAAAAUGUGUUCAGAGGUGGUGCAAUGAGAAGGGUAACACUAUCUGUGAGAUCUGCCAUCAGCAAUUUGAGCCUGGUUAUACAGCACCGCCCCCUUUGUUUUGUUAUGGUGCUAUUCCAAUGAACUUCAGAGGAAAUUGGGAGAUACCCAGAAGGGACCUGCACAAUCCUCCAUCUAUAGCUAUGGUUACUACUGACCAUGAAUUUUUGGACUCUGACUUUGAUGAGUAUUCAGCACCCUCUCCUAGGAGUGUGAUGUGCUGCCGAAUAAUUGCUAUUAUAUUUAUGGUUCUGUUGGUUUUACGUCAUACUCUUGCCAUCCUAAUUAGUGGAGCUGGAGAUUACUCAAUGACAUUGUUUAUGUUACUGAUAUUGAGAACAGUUGGGAUUCUUCUGCCUGUUUAUGUCAUGGUCAGAGCAUUUACUGCUAUUCAACAUCGGGGUCGGCAGCAGGACCCUCAUUUUCCCCUUGCUGAAUCAGAUGAAGAAAAUGAGUUGCCGCAACUUCAGACUCAUUCGCGCAUUAUUCAUAUUCAGUGAUCAUUGCAGCCACCUUAUACAUAAAAGGAUUGCAAAUGUACAGAAGAGCAAGUCAAAAGUGUAGCGUCUAAAUUUCGAUGAUGCUGUGUUGAAGUUUGUAGCAUCACAAUAGAGACAAUCAACUGCUUUGCUUCUUUUUUUUUUUU